UGCCUUCAAGCUCAGAGAGAGAAGACAACAUAUAUACAUACAAAUAUAUACACAAACCCAUCAUCAAGAGAGAGAAAAAGAGAGACAAAACAAAGCUGAAAAAAACCCCAAACUUUCUUUUUGUAUAUUUAGUGUCAGUCAUCCAUAUAUAAAAUGCCUCUCUAUAGCUUUUGUUUCUCUAUCAUAAAACCGACCACUUUCCGCUUCUUUGUGUUCAUAUUUUCCACACCACUUCUGUUCUUCUUAAGAUAGGACUUUGUUUCUCACUUACAAUCGCCAUAAUUUAGUUCUGCUGAUCUCUCUGUGACUUGUGAGGGAGAAAAGACGAUUCAGUAUUGUUCAAAAGAACAGUCAUUUUUGGAACUUCUCGGCAUUUUGGUUUGUUUUUGACCCAAAUCGCUUGAUGGGUUUGUGAAAAACGGGGUGAAGUAGAAAUGGGUUCAGCUUUAAAGGGGAAGCUUAAGAGUCUGUGUUGCAGUGGUGGAUGGUCUUAUGGGGUUUUUUGGCGAUUUGAUCCCCGGAAUCCCAUGUUAUUGACUUUUGAAGAUGCCUACCAUGAGGAGCAAAUGGGGCCAUUGGUAAAUGACAAGCUUUUGCAGGUCCACAUUCUGGGCGAAGGAAUCAUGGGCAAAGUUGCUAAGACCGGGAACCACCAAUGGAUCUUCUCGGAUAAUUGUGGUGAUGAUAUAGAUUUGCUCAGUCUUACUAGAAGCCGAGAUGAAUUUCAGGAUAACUUCGAAUUCCUUCCCCAGUUUUCUUGUGGAAUAAAGACAAUUGCAAUCAUCUCCAUGAAAUCGCAAGGAGUGGUAGAAUUUGGAGCAAGACAAAAGAUUUUGGAAAAUGAGGAGUUUUUAGAUAAAACAAAAAAGUUGUCUGAGGAGACAGUGAACACUGAUGGGUUCAUAUCACUGGAUAACAUACCUGCAUCAAUGAAUGAUGAAGAUUACAAUCUAAAUGAGUGGUUUGAUUCCUUAAUUUCACCUGGGAAUUCCUGUAAUAGGAAUAUGACAACCAUGGAUGGCAGCAACAGUGAAGCACUUGUCCGAAAAGCUAGCCUUUCCACAAGUAUUACGCCUUUGUCUCCUUCUGCAUUGGAUCUGUAUGAUGGAGGCAUGACCCCGCUGUGCAUUGACUCAUCUCUUCUUAUCAAUCAAUUAAUAGCAGCUGAAACAGAAACUCUAUUAUUAUCAUCUGGCAUGCCUUACACUGAGAGCCCAAAUGCCGAAGCCUCUAGCAGUAGUAUGUGGAAUGGUGAACGGUCCAUCUCGACUUCAUUCGAGUCACAGUUACCAUCAGAAUUUUGGGUUGAUACUAUCACAUUUCCUACAACAGUAGAUAGCCUUACAACUUGUGGUAAUAUGGCAGAGAAUAAGCAGGCAUGCUCAACAUUUGGCUUGGUUGACGUAGAAAAACGAAUUGAAGAAGAUUCUAGAAAAUUUAUGGGUAUUCAGCAUUCUGCUCCAUUGGUCCAUGCAACUAAUAGUGAGCUUCAAGAAUGUGCAACUAAUGAAACCAAUUUCAAUUUUUCAAUGGAUAUCUCUGACUUCAGUGUGGUAUCUAAUCUUUCCGAGUGCUUUGUUCCGUCAUUGGAGGACUGCAUAGACGAUGUUACAAUGGAAAUAGCAAAUGAUCUAUCAGAAGCCAUAGGAGUUACUUCAGAUCUGUAUGAUGGGCAGCAGAGGUCUGUAGUUACUAGUGCUGCGGAGUAUGACCUGUAUGAAGGUUUGGGUCUGAAUUUCGAGUCAUCUAGAAAGGUUGGGAAGUGUUGGGAAGAGAUUUUGAUGCCGGCAGUUAGCUGUGAGCGCUCUGCAAUCAGCAACGGUAUGUCAGAAUGUAUCUCGGGGUUGGAUGUUGCUCGCUCAGCUGGCCGCCGAAAAGGAUUGUUCUCGGAGUUAGGACUUGAAGAGCUUUUUGAUUGCAGUAGUAAGUCUAAUUCUUUUACGAAGUCUAAUUUUGAGCAUCAGUUGUCCACCACCAAAAGAAGGAGAAUGGACAGUUUGACAGCAAAUGAUGCAAAGAUGCAGCCUGUUUAUAAUCUGGACAAGACUAAUACUCUAUUGUUUAAGAAAGAGGCUUUUCCUAAAUCACAAGUGGGUUUAUGGAUUGACGACAGCUAUAGCAUUAAUGCAAAAGAUAAUGCCAUAGCAGCAACAGCGAAGAAGCCCGAGGAACCUUCGAAGGCAACCAAGAAAAGAGCCAGACCUGGUGAAAGUACUAGGCCUAGGCCCAAAGACCGUCAGCAGAUCCAAGACCGUCUCAAAGAGUUGAGAGGGAUCAUCCCCAAUAGCGGAAAGUGCAGCAUUGAUUCUCUACUCGAUCUCACCAUCAAGCACAUGCAGUUCUUGCAAAGUAUUACACAAUAUGCUGAUGAACUUAAACAAAUUGAUAAGCAAAAGCAGAUCAGCCAUGGCAAUGGAUUGGUCCGGAAAGACAACAUCAUAGAUAGUAGUAGUUACUGUGGGGAUGCAAUGCGGGCAUUUGACUUCAGCAGUCAAACAAUGGUUUGCCCUAUCAUAGUUAAGGACCUCAACACACGCGGUCAUAUGCUUAUAGAGAUGCUUUGCGAGGACAGGGGAUUCUUUCUUGAGAUUGCAGACAUAAUUAGGGGCUUUGGGUUGAACAUCUUGAAGGGAAUAAUGGAAACUCGAGACGAUAAAAUAUGGGCACACUUCAUUGUCGAGAGAAACAAGGAAGUAACCGGGCAAGUAACCAGGCAGGAGGUCUUUUGGUCACUUCUCCAACUGAUUCAGGACACUGCCACAAGUGGGAUUGAUUCGAUGAUUCAGCCUAGUAAUAUAAUGGAUUCUGUGAUUCCUCCAUUAGAUGGUUAUCAGCAAUCUUCUCUGCCACUUCCUAUCAGCGUGGCAGAUACGCUACAAUGAUAAGCAUCACUAGAAGCUUUAAGAGACACCUUGAACAUUCCUCGUCGAAGGUUUGAGAUGAUUGGCGUCGCUUGAAAUCAAGAGAGGUUUCUCCGUUCCAUUUCAACGGUGCCAGAAAGGAAAUGUGCAUACAGUUGAUAGAUUAGGCAUUAGUUCAGUAGGAAUGACAAUUGAUCAGUUUGCUAAAUGUAUUUCUUGUUUUGGCCCCUCUGAUCUCGGUCCAGUCCAGUCUGCCACAACUUGUUCAUAACCUGAAACUGAUAAAACCAUUUAGUCAUAGCCUAACACUUUUUGCUCUUGGCCUCUUCUUGUUGUUCUCAUAAUCUUACCAUGCAUGGUAAUAAACACCAAAUUAUCAUUUCAUGGAAUUAGUUUUCAUAA